ACCCCACGGGCGAGUCGCACGCUCGCUGGAGUAAACUACUACUACACGCGCAAAAAUAAAACUGACAGGGAAAAAAAAAAAUCCCCAAACCACUCCUCCGCUCCCUCCCCCCUCCCAUGCCUCCUCCCCUCGCCGCCGCCGAAGCCGAGGAGAGUAGGACGACCGCCACCUGUAGCGCCGCCGAAGCCGCCACCGGCCGUGGCCUCCCGCGGAGCCGUCGCUGCAUCUACUCCACGGGCGCAGGCGGUAGCCGUCGCAGGGGCGUCCUGUGAGCCCGGGGGCGGGGUCGGGGGAGGGCGAUGGCGCCGGCGAGGAGGAAGCGCGCGGCGGCUGCUGCCGCGGCUGCCGCGGAGGCCGCGGCCAAGUGGAAGGUGGGCGACCUCGUGCUCGCCAAGAUGAAGGGCUUCCCAGCGUGGCCGGCCAUGAUAAGUGAGCCAGAGCAAUGGGGCCUGUCUUGUGUUAAAAAGAAGCUGCUGGUCUAUUUCUAUGGUACUAAACAAAUUGCUUUCUGCAGUUAUGCUGAUCUUGAGGCAUUCACCGAAGAGAAAAAGAGGUCUUUACUUGCCAGGCGACAUGGUAAAGGGGCUGAUUUUCUGAGAGCGGUUGAUGAGAUAAUUGAAGUUUAUGAUUCUUUAAAUGAGAAAGGUAAUAAUAAGCUUGAAUUGGCUGCUGAUGAAGUGAAGCCAGUUAUAGAAAAGCUUGCUGAUAAUAAAAGCUGCAUGGAUACUGAAAGUCUAGUCAAUAGCUCCAACAUGGAUAGUGAUAAAAAGCUAGAAGGCCAUUCUUUCACUGGAAGGAGUCAUGACAUGCUCAAUUCUGAUGGACCUUCUGUCACUGUAACAGGGGACACACGUUGUAUUGUAAAUUCCGCUCUUGAUGAGCCUACUGAAAACGUAUCCAUCCUUGAUGAAAUGAGGGAUACCCCUUUAUCCACCAGUUCACUUUCGAAGAAGCUAAGGGAUGCACAGCCACAGAAUUGCUAUACACGUAACAGGGUUCCAUUGAUGCGGAAGUCAAGAAGUUCAUUAAGUGUUGAAUCAAGAAAGGCUCAAGGCUCUGGUAAACUUCUGGGUCGUACCAGUUUGGAUUCUAUUGAUUUGGUUUCUGAUGACAAUAAGGAAGAUUUGCAUCGUCAUAAGCAUGUAGAAGAUGACAAAGCUAACCCAGGUUCUGUUUCAAAACCAAACAAUGUUUGGUUGCAUUCAAGUGGAGGCACUUUCAAACAACCUGAAUUUUUUGAGACUAGUAACAUCGAUAAAAAGUUGAAUCCUCCUGCUAAGGUAGAUGAUACCUGUAACAGUGAAGCAUCUGAAAAUGGAGCUUCAGAGACAGAAUUGAAAUCGAAUGGUACAUCAAAUCUUCCCAUGGCCACAGCAGUAAUUUUCAAGAGAAAAAGAAAAUCAAAUAGAACAGUUCCUCAUUCUACAGAUUGUACUGCACCAAAUAAAGAUGAAGAAUUGCAGGCUGAGUCAAGCGAAAACCUUGCAGAUUCUCCAAACUCAAAGAAUGAAGUGAAUAAGUCAGAUGGAGAUGAGCACUUGCCAUUGGUUAAAAGGGCAAGGGUUCGAAUGGGAAGGCCUCAGUUGGAGUACUCAGCUGUUGAUGAGAUUGAUGUUUCCAAUAACAAAGCAGAGCUUUUUACACCUGUGGACCAAUGUGGUAUUCAUAGUACACAUGCAAUACAAGGCAAUGAUUAUUCAGCUGAUCAAGUGUCCGCUGUGGUAAAUACUGUUUCUAAUUCAUCAUCCAUAUUUGACAUGCCUGUCUCGUCAGGGGAUGGUAAUCCUUCUUGGAAGAAUAAAGAAUACCAACCAAAGAUUUUAACAUUGGAUGUGGAAGCUGCUUUGCCUCCGUCUAAACGCCUUCAUCGCGCCUUAGAAGCUAUGUCUGCUAAUGUUGCUGAAACUGUUAAUGGUCUACCUGAAGUAACAGGACUAAAUGACUUGGUUUUAAGCAGCCCUUUUUCUUUAGCAAACAGCAAUUCUAAUAAAUCUGCAGAAGCAGUUGGUGCAACCUUCAAUAAAUCUGCAGAAGUUCAAAGCCCUAGACCAUCUUUGAACAUGGAAUUCGUGCAUAGCCCAACAGGCAAAAUGUAUACCUCAGAAUCAAUUUUACAAAAUAACAAUGUUCCUCAUUCUACUUCAGUUCCUUCAGAAGCAAAUGAUAUUGACAAUCAUAUCAUGAUAAAAGGUAAUAUUUGUGAAGGAACCCACAUGGACAGCAAAAAUACCAACGGUUCCUUAGUUUGUAAUGAAGUUGAUAAUGAUGUCUGUGGGAAACCUUCAGCCCUUUGUAUGAAGUUGAAUGAGCCUGCUCUUGAUGUCACACUAGCCACAUCUGUACCUGACCGGCUAUCUUCGUCUUUGGAGAAAGCUGGUGGAAAUGCGGUCACAAAACCAAUCGGCGGCAAGGACACAAAACCAAUCAGUGGCAAGGACACAAAACCAAUCGGCUCCGCUGCUUGUGAUGUUGACAGAAGUUCUGAGCCAAUUGAACAGACAAACAACAAUGUAAUCACUGAUGCUAUAUGCCGUGGUGAGACUGUUAUAGCUGAAUCAACAAAUAAUGUGAGGGAUACAUCAAGCAACUCUUCAUUGGCUACUAAAUUGUCCAGUAUAUUAUCCGAUGCAGACACCCGGGCAUUUGAAGUGCAUACAUUCUCAGCUUUGGCAUUGAAAGAACUGAACCACAGGAACCUAAAGGACAAGAGCACUUCUCCGGAUUCAAUGCCAAUGAAAGAACUCAUAGCUGUUGCACAAGCUAGAAGGUUAUCUCGAUCAACUACCUUUCCAGAUAACUUCUUAAAUGCCAAGUACAUUCCCGAAACUUUAGUAAGUACACCUCCCAAGGAAGGAUUGCACAGGCAGUUAUCACCUUCGAAUCGAAUAAUCAGGUCCACCUUGACAAAUGAUAAUUUUCAGUCUAGGAGUCCUUUUGAUAGUAUUCAACAUAAGAAAUUAGCAGUUCAUGAUGAAGCCAAUGCUGCACGAAGGGCUUUCAAAGAUUUCCUUGAUACACUGACGAGAACAAAAGAAAGUAUAGCACGUGCAACACGGCUUGCUAUUGAUUGUGCUAAAUUCGGCAUUGCUGGUGAGGUAAUUGAUAUUAUUGUUGAACACCUGGAAAAUGAAUCUAAUUUAUAUAAGAGGGUGGACCUCUUCUUUCUUGUGGAUUCAAUAACACAGUGCUCUCGCAAUCAGAAAGGUGGAGCUGGGGAUGUAUAUCCAUCUCUUAUUCAGGCAGUUCUACCUCGAAUACUCUAUGCUGCUGCACCUCCUGGAAACUCAGCUUGGGAGAAUCGAAGGCAGUGUCUUAAGGUCUUGAAACUUUGGCUUGAGAGAAAAACACUUUCGGAAUAUAUCAUCCGUCACCAUAUUAGAGAAAUUGAGACUAUCAAUGAGGCAUCAUUUGGAAGUUCUCGUCGUUCUUCAAGAACAGAAAGAGCUCUAAAUGAUCCUUUGCGUGACAAUGAAGGAAUACUUGUUGAUGAGUAUGGGAGCAAUGCUGGUUUUCAGCUACCCAACUUAAUUUGCACAAAAGUACUUGAAGAAGAGGAAGGAAGCUCCUCUGAAGAUAGGAGUUUUGAAGCUGUUACACCUGAACAGGAUGCCCCAGGUAAUGAUGAUGAAGAAGAAUCUCAAAUGCCUGUGGAGAAGCACCGGCGUAUCCUUGAAGAUGUUGAUGGUGAGCUUGAGAUGGAGGAUGUAGCUCCACCUUCUGAAGUCGAAGUUAGCACCAAAUGCCGACCAGAGCAAAGGGGCACCAAGUCUGCAACAUCUGAUCCACGUCCUUCAGAUGUUGGUCCUCCCCUUCCUAUUGAUAGGCCUCCAUCACCUCCACCAUUGCCAUCAUCUCCUCCACCUGUGCCACCACCUCCACCUGUUCCCAUUUCUCAGAGUUCACAGAUGCAGCCAAAAUUACAAAAGACAUUUGAUCCCGUUGGGCUGCAGCCUGCAAGAGCUACCUAUAAUGUUCAAAGUCAACAACAGCAUUCUACUGUGGAGCACCCAGGAAACAUGAAUCCUUCUGUGGCAUCAUUGCCGCCUCCACCAUUUUGUCACUCGGGAUAUGGAGGUCACCCAAAUCAGAUACCACCUCCCCCGCCAAUGGCACCACCCAAUCCUCCUGGUUCCCAUGGGAAUUUCCCUGCUGCACCCCCAGGACCAUACCAGGGGAAUAACUACCAUCGACCCCCAACUACAUCAAUUCCUAACGAGGGGUAUCAUUUGCAACCACCACCCCCUCCGCCGCCUCUAAAUCAAUUCCCUUGUGUGCCAGCAGAACCUCAACAAAGGCCACAUCAUUGGGGCAAUAACUGUUCAUCUUAUCCUGAGAGAUAUCGGUACGAUGGACGUGAUCGAGGUCAUCACAUACAUGAUAGAAGUCACGGGCAUGAUAGACAACACCAUUUUGAUGAUAGAGCAUAUCACUACGAUGAUGGAGGAUAUCACUACGAUGAUAGAGCCCAUUACUUUGAUGAUAGAAGACAUCAUUUCGAUGAACGAGGGCAUCACUUCGAUGAGAGAGCUAUUAGGGGACCAAUGCACCAUGAGGUUGCUGAGAGGGGAAGAUUUCCCCCUUUUCUGCCAGGGCCUCCAAUUCCAGACCAUUUUGAAGCUUCACCAGUCCCGAUGCACUAUGGACGGCCAUCGGAUCCUCCACCAGGGCCUUGUGCAGGCUGGUCUAGACCCCCUAGGAUAUCUAACUAUUCUCCCUCCAGACAUUCUAUGGAGCCUCCGGUUUCACAUGUACCUGGAGGACAUGGUAGCUGGAGACCAAGAUAACCUUUCGCUAUAUUGAAAUGGUGCUGAUGCUUUUUUAGUUUGGGAUUUUUGGCUUUGGUAAACCUGGAAGGCUGAGGUAGCUAACUGUCUCCCUCAGUGGGGUCUAGCGCGAAACUACCCUGAAAGUGGCUAGGCGUUACCUGCCUCCCUGUACAUAUGUAUCUUAGAAUUAUUCUGCGAUUGUGGAAGGAACGGCAGUCCCAACCGCAUGAAGAGCUGUAUCACACAGGUAGACUGCUCGACCACAUGGAGAGCUGAAUCUUAAGGAUAGGCUGUCAUGUAUCAACCAAUGUUAGCUGUAGAUUGUGUUGUUAGUCCGACAGUGUUCAAUUUCAUUCGGAUGAAUUUCAUUGCUUAUGUCCAUUAACGUA